CUAGGAAUGAGGCUCAAGUCUGAACUCCCGGGAGACUGCUGUUUUGAACUGGCUCUUGGGGUGACGCUGCGGGUUGUGCAAGCCUUGAACAGUGGGGGCACUAGGACCAGGAGCGAGAUGCAUGCUUGGCUCCCUUGUAUCUGGCAGAGGGUUGCUGGAGCCGUUUGAAAGGAAACCAACUGGGCAGUGCCUGCCGGCUUUACAUCUGUUGAUCUGACCUGACUCAAGGCAUCUAAAGGAGGAUGUCUGUCAUCUUGGCUUGACUGAACCCCCAACAGCUCUCCCCAGACAUCCUGUAGAGCAUGCAGAGGGGGAAGAAACAUGGGACUAACCACCAGAACAGAAUGGACAAGAGCAGGGUGAGAGAGAAGCAAACAACACACCCGGAGACCCUUUGCAGAAGACAAUUAACAAAAUCCUCUCAGAGGGGACCCAGGAAGGUCCCAGGCUCCUGUGGCUUUCUGAUGCCAAGGAGCAGUGGGUCUCACAAGCACUGUUAGCAAAUGUCAGGUGGAGUAAAAGGAGCAGGUGACUGACAAAAAGCCUUUCAGCUGGAACGAACAGCCCAGGUUCAAUUACAAGCCUGAAGGUGCCUGGAGCGCAAGGAGGAAGCAAACUUGCACAGGACCUGUUGCUUUGGGCAAGUGGCUGCGACAUGCUCCUGAGGAAGAGAGCCAGGAGCAGACGCUGUAGGCUUCAGUUCCUCCUGCCCCUCCUGACGCUGGGAUGUGUCCUGAUGAUGGUGACCAUGCUGCAGCCUCCCCUGCCCACCCUGCCCCAGGCUGUCCCAGCCCAGGCCAGCGAACGCAGUCCUGACACUGGGUAUCGCCUGGACUUCGGGGACUCUCAGGAAUGGGUUCUGGAGGCAGAGGGUGAGGAGUACAGUUUCUUGGACAGCCUGCCGCCUUUCAUCUCCCUGCAGGAGGAUCAAUUGCUGGUGGCAGUGGCCUCACCCAGAGCUAGGAGGAAUCAGAGCCAGGGCAGGAGACGGGGCAGCUACCAGUUCAUCAAGCCCUUGAGCAGGAGGCAGGAUGAGGAGGCCCCCGAGAGGGAUUGGAGGACUGAGGAAGAUGGGGAGGAAUCAGAAGAGGUGCUGACCCCCCUCAGCCAGGAUUUGGAUGGCCUCAACAAGGCGGUCAGUGCCCGCCUGCCCCUGAGGAGAGCCCUGCCCGAGGUCCGGCACCCACUGUGUCUACAACAGCGCUUUGCAAGUGGCCUGCCUACAGCCAGCGUCAUCCUCUGCUUCCAUAACGAGGCCUGGCCCAUGCUCUUGAGAACCGUGCACAGCAUCCUGGACACAACACCUAGGGCCUUGCUGCAGGAGAUCAUCCUUGUAGAUGACCUCAGCCAGCAAGAACAGCUGAAAUCUGCUCUCAGUGAAUAUGUGUCCAAGCUAGAGGCCGUGAAGUUGCUCAGGAGCUACAAGAGGCUCGGUACCAUCGGGGCCCGGAUGCUGGGGGCCGCUAGGGCCACGGGGGAUGUGCUGGUCUUCAUGGAUGCCCACUGUGAGUGCCACCGGGGAUGGCUGGAGCCCCUCCUCAGCAGAAUAGCCGACGACAGGAGCCGAGUGGUGUCUCCAGUCAUAGACGUGAUUGACUGGAAGACGCUUCAGUACUCUGCAUCCACGGAGCUGCAGAGAGGGGUGCUGGAUUGGAAGCUGGAUUUCCGAUGGGAGCCCCUGGAGGAGCAGGAGCGGAAGGCCCUCCCAUCCCCCAUCAGCCCCAUCAGGAGCCCUGUGGCACCCCGAGAGGUGGUGGCUGUGGACAGACAUUACUUCCAAAACACCGGAGCUUACGAUCCUCUUCUGUUGCCGCAGGGCAGUGACAAUCUUGAGAUAUCCUUCAAGGCCUGGCUCUGUGGUGGUUCUGUUGAAAUCCUUCCCUGCUCGCGAGUGGGACACAUCUACCAAAGCCAAAGUGCCAGCUCCAGGACAGACCCUGAGUCCAUCUUGAAGAACAAGGUUCGCAUUGCUGAGACCUGGCUAGGGCCCUUCAAAGAAACCUUCUACAGGCACCUCCCAGAGGCCUUCGCUCUGAGCAAGGUUGCAAAGCCAGACUGCACAGAGCGCUUGAAGCUGCAAAGGAGGCUGGGAUGCCGGACAUUCCACUGGUUUCUGGCCAAUGUCUACCCCAAGCUGUAUCCAUCUGAGCAUAGGCCCAGGUUCUCUGGAAAGCUCCACAACACUGGACUUGGCUUCUGUGCAGACUGCCAAGCAGAAGAGGAUAUCCUGGGCUGCCCCAUGACGUUGGUUCCCUGCAGUAACAACCGGCAGCAGCAGAGCCUGGAGCACACCAGCAGGAAGGAGAUUCUCUUCGGCAGCCAGCAGCACCUGUGCUUCGAUGUCAGGCAAGAGCGGGUGAUUCUGCAGACGUGCAUGGAAGAAGGCCCCACCAUCCAUCAACAGCACUGGGACUUCCAGGAGGAUGGAAUGAUCGUCCACAUUCUUUCUGGGAAAUGCAUGGACGCUGGGGUUCAGCCAAACAGUAAGGAUUUGUACUUGCGUCAGUGUGAUGGUGAAACCAGCCAGCUGUGGCGAUUCGACCAGGUCCAUCCCGUGGAUGAACGAUGAGAGACAUCGGUGGGAGCAUAAAUGCACACUCAGCAUCUGCUGAGCUCUGCUCUGGUGUCUCCUGAGCCAGGCUCUGAGUCUGCGCUUCUGGUUAGGAGAGAGGAAAGUGCCGUAAAAACAGCAAAUCUCUCCUUGUACCUUGUGUCAUUGACUGUAGGCUGUUUUGUUUUUUAUUUUGUUGUUGUUGUUUUUGUUGUUGUUGUUUCUCUGUAUAGCCUCGCUCUGUACACUGGGCUGUCCUGGACUCACAGAAAUCCCCCUGACUCUUCCUCUGGAGUGCUGGGAUCAAAGGCGUGCCCUGGCACCUCCCAGCUAUGUUGGCCCUUUGUUUGCUUGUUUGUUUUUGAAAGAAAAACAAUGGAUUCAUUGUCCUCAUCACCAGAAAUGACCAUCAUGAAGUAGAGCAGACUCCCCUUCCCUCCGCCCCCCACUGCCCACUUAACAUUUGCUUUUAUCCCCAGACUGUGGCAGGCCUUGGCGUCAUGUGACAGCACUUCCAGGGGUCAUCAAAUCAAGAAGAUAAAUGUCCUAACUUCACGGAGCCCUUACUGGGACAGAGCACGUGGCUUGUGGUGAAGGGCAUGUGAUGGCCUGUCGAUCCCAACCUUUUGAUUAGGCUUGCUCACAUGCAUUUAGUGUUCAUUCCUUAAACCCCAGCUCCCACAGAAGCGGAGCAGACAGAGAGGAAUGGGGUGGGGCUGAGAGGAAGAUGGGAGACCGAUUUCUAGCCCAACUCUUCAACUCAGCUCAGCUGGUCAGGAUGUUGUCCAUCUUCAGGACAGCUUCCUUGAAGCUUUCUACCUCCAUUCCCCUUCAUCCAUCUCAGGCAUGCACAACCAGAUUUCCUUGCAAUGCCACCUGUGCUGGCAUCUGACACCUGAGCGUUGUCAUGGACAACAGCAUCACAGUAGAGAAACUCUCCUAAUGCCCUGAUAGGAGAGCAGUGUUCGCUUGACGAGGAAUAGCAGCCUUGGAAAGCGGGCAACCCUCCCCUGAAGGGAAAUGCCGACAGCAAAAGCCAAAAUCUUUACAAGGCUAAAUAAAUCUGGCUCUUAAAUAUCCCUGAGGUUCGAAAGGGCCGUCUACAAGCCCUCAAUGAUUGUUCGAGACCCUAAAUGAGGUUUCCAGUUAAAUGCUCACACAGUUGAGGGAAAAUCCACCACAAGGGUUGCUGAGUGAGUUAGGGUACUUUGAGGGAAAAAAAAAAGAAAAACACUUGCCCAUUUCUCUCUGGAUGGAUUUAGCUCUCUAGAUGGUAAGCUUAGAACCUUGCUGUUAAAGAUGCCUUUGUCCUCCGGGCUGUCUCAGAAUACAAUUGUUUGAAAGAAGAACUGAGGAAUAGGUGUGGGUUUCUACACUACCUGACAUAAUGCAUAUUCCUUCUCCAUCUUCCAAGACAAUGCCCACUGCGUUUCUCCAGCCUUAUCCCAAAUGAUCCACACUGGGUUUGUGGCCAUUCUGAUGGGAAUUCACUGCAAUUCUGGAAAAUUUCAAACUCUUUCUUGGUUGUACUGGCUACAUUUCAGGGGUUCAGUAGCCAUCUUUGGCUAAUGGCUACUGGACCUGAGAACACAGUUAUAAAUAAGCCACCAUCACAAACACUAGAGCUGGCUAGCAGCAGACAGGUCCACCCCCAUGAAGGGAUAGCCACUGGCUUCUUCCUUCAGACCUGGAUGAAGUGAAAACUGUUCAAAUGACAACCUUGUAAAGGAUAGUACGGCUGAAGAACAAACAUUUUGAAAUAGCUUUAUUUUGAAACGAACUCCAAUAUUAGCAUUGUGAGUAGCUGAAGUUGUUGGGAUAAAUUAAUAUAAUUUAAUAAAAGACUAAACUCU